AUGAAUAAUUUAAUUGAUCCUACCUAUAGAUCUUAAAGUAAUAUUAUUGGAGACAGCAUAGAUGUAAAUCUUUAAAAUAAUUUAAUUGCCUUUAAUUAUCAGGCAAACGCUACUUUAUCUCUAGAUAAUUUAUCACAUCAAUAAAAUAAGACAUACUUAGUAUUCUUACCUUAUUUAUACACUUCCGAUUAACAAGUAAUACCAUUGAAUACAAAAAAAUGUGCUGAUUUAUAACUUAAUGGAUUUGAUUGUAUAGAUUUCUCUUAGUGCCAAGAUACUGAUAUUUAUAAAACAUCUAUUCCAGAUAAUUGUGCAAGUCCUAGUGAAAUAGAUUAAAUAAUUAAUGAUAGAGGGUCUGCACUUCAUUUUAAAUUAUCAACCUCAUAAUACAAUAUUACUAUGUAAAAAACUGAAAUUUAAUUUAGAAACUAGUAUCUAAAUUUACAAGGAGAUCAGUUUUAAUUCACAACUAUUAGAAUUGUUAAGCAAGAAAUUACUGUCAAAUAAGGAGCAUUAUUCUAAUCAAGCUUUCCAGAUAUUUAAAGAUUUGAUAGAUAAUCUUUUAUUGAAAAAACAGGCCUAACCUUAAUAGCUUUCUAUUUUAAGUUUUGGGACAGAAAUAAAAUAUUUGAAGAUAAUGGAAUAGAUGCCAAUACUAAAUAAGUUAUUUAAGAAUAAGCUAACAGAAACUCUAAUAUUUUCUAGCUCUUUUCAGAUGUAAUUUAUUUAAAGAAAGCAAUUAUGGUUUUGCUGAGUAGUGAGUAAUUAGCAGCUUUAAAUUUAGUAGGUUUUUCGGCUAAAUUUUAUCAAGGAAUUGACUAAAACAACAAAUAAGCUAAUUAUAUUAAAAGCGAAAAUUACUUUGAGAAUUAGUAUCUACUAUCACAAUCUAAAGAUCUUCAAUACAAAUAUGUAAAUAAAUUCUUAAAUAGGUGUUUUAAAAGCUAAAACAUAAGUGAAGUCGAUAUGAGAAUUCUUUCUUCAUUAAAUAGAGAUGAUAAAUGA